AUGGCUGCCCCAGAAGCGACCACCGCUCCUCAAAGGAGUCGUGGUUUUAGCGUCAAAUCCGACCAUUCUCGCAACUCUGGCCACAAGAGUCAUCUCUCCGAAUCCUCCCAGGAAAAGGCCCGUCGCAAUUUACACACCAAAGCGGAUCCCUUGGUCGCAAUGACCGAAUUACAGCCUAUGGCCGUCGCACUGGAGAAGUCCAACCUGGGCUCAUUGAGGGAAUUCCAACAUAAGGACCAAUUUGGAAACCCAAUCACCGAUCCUGACUGGUCAAACCCCACUCGCCCCCGUUUUGAGCGCCCUUUGGAUACCAUUCGAUCGUUUGAGGCCGCGAUAUAUGGAACAUACAAGAGUCAACGCCCGGAUUCCUAUAUCCGAACAGACGAUGCCGCUUCACAAAUGGGCGACUUCAGCCGACGAACAAGCUACUACGGACCAAACAACUACAACAACGGACAAAAUGGCCAAUCCCACCCAGACAGUGUGAUCGAUUACGGCGCAAGCUCUAGCCAAGCACCCGAGAACCCAUACCCCUACAACCAGAAUGGACAGCAGCAACAGCGCCGACCCCGCUACCAGUCCCGCGGAUCGGAGCAAGGUGUCUACGGUAACGGGAACCAGCACAGAGCUCCGCAACAACAAUACCAACGCUCCUACGACAAUGUCACCGCCAUGUCGGGAUCCGGGUCUGGAAAUACCGAUCCUUACGGCCAAUCGACCGAUCCCAGUUCGCUCAACAGUUCCAUGGACCGUAUGGACGACCGCGCUCAGGCCGAAUACGGAUACCAGGGUUACGCAGGUCCCAACGUGAAUGGCAAGGGUAUGGCAUCUGCUCCUGCGCCGGCGAACUCGGAGUUCGCGCCUUCGCAGGGUGGCAUGAAUGUGGUUCGCAAACCUGCAGCAGCUGAGAAGCGGAAGAGUUGGUUGAAGCGACGAUUCGGCAAAGAUUAG